UGAUUCUGCAUGCAUUCCAAGGCCAAAUCUUUAGCAAGUUGCUCUAGUGCUCAUAGUGCACUGUACACUUAAACCGUUAAAACAAACCCACUAGCUUGCUUCUUUCAACUUCCCAUAAUUUAGGGUGCAUUUCCUUUGUCAGAUAUAGUUUCUUGAUCUAGUAUUUAGUAAGUGAUAGAGACAAAGCAAUUUUGAACUGGUGUAUUUUGAGUUCCAGCAAUUUUCAACAGAAUUCUCCAUCGUUUCUUUAGUUUCUGAAUUUUUCCAAGUUGAGCCCAAAAUGGGUUGUUCUCGUGUGUCAUUACUUGUUUUCUGCAUUUCCUUUCUUUGCUUCUUCCUUUACACCACUCAAGCUAGGUGGCAUUACCAUACAAAACAUAAACACACCCAUUCUCACAAAGUAUCCGCAAUUUCACAACCUCCCUCUUCCCCUCCUGAAUAUGCUUCAGAACCUCCCUCUACUCCACCUGAAUCUUCUAAUCUUUCAGAACCUCCAACUCCUGCGCCUGAAUCUGUUAAUCUGUCUCUCACUCCUUCACCUGAGCCUGCUAGUCCGCCUGAUGAUGGGAGCGACAACAAUUCUGGGGUUUUUGAUGUACGGAAAUUUGGGGCUGUUGGCGAUGGCAUAACAGAUGAUACUGAUGCAUUCAAGAUGGCAUGGGAAACAGCCUGCCAAGUUAAUUCUGCAGUCAUCCUUGUUCCUUAUGGCUUCAAAUUCACGAUUCAGUCUACAAUUUUCACAGGUCCUUGUCAAGGUGGUCUGCACUUUCAGGUUGAUGGGACUCUUGCGCCUCCUGAUGGACCAGACUCCUGGCCACAAAAGAACAGUAAGAGACAAUGGCUGGUCUUUUACCGAAUUAAUGAAAUGUCCCUAGUAGGAGGUGGUGCAAUAGAUGGCAGAGGAGAGAAAUGGUGGGAUCUUCCAUGCAAACCCCACAAGGGAAUAAAUGGAACUACAUUGCCUGGAUCCUGCGAUAGUCCAAUAGCCAUUAGGUUCUUUAUGAGCUCCAACUUGACUGUUCAAGGACUUAGAAUCAAGAAUAGCCCCCAAUUCAACUUCAGAUUUGACAACUGCAAGAAUGUUCAUAUAAUAUCCAUUCACAUUACUGCUCCUGCCCUAAGUCCCAACACUGAUGGAAUUCACAUAGAGAACACCAAUAAUGUGGAAAUAUAUGAUUCAGUAAUCUCCAAUGGUGAUGAUUGCAUAUCGAUCGGGUCAGGGUGUUAUGAUGUAGACAUAAGGAACGUCACCUGUGGACCUAGUCAUGGAAUCAGCAUUGGGAGUCUAGGCAAUCACAACUCACGAGCCUGUGUAUCUAAUAUCACGGUUAGAGACUCGGUGAUAAAAGUGUCGGAUAAUGGAGUUAGGAUCAAGACAUGGCAAGGUGGAUCAGGAGCAGUAUCAGGAAUAACAUUCAGCAAUAUUCACAUGGACAAUGUAAGGAAUCCAAUUAUAAUAGACCAGUUCUACUGCCUGACAAAGGACUGCACGAACCAAACAUCAGCAGUUUUUGUAUCGGAUAUUCUCUAUGAAAAUAUAAAAGGAACCUACAACAUUCGAAGCCCGCCAAUGCAUUUUGCCUGCAGUGACUCAGUCCCUUGCACCAACUUGACGCUCUCAGAUGUUGAGCUUCUUCCUGCUCAAGGAGACCUAGUAUUGGAUCCAUUUUGUUGGAAUGCAUAUGGAGAACUGCAGACACUAACUAUUCCACCAGUCUCUUGCUUGAUAGAGGGUGCUCCUCGGUCCAUGUUGCAUAAUGAGAUGGAUUACUGUUGACCUACCAGAUUCAACUGCAAAGUAGUUUCAAUAUGUACUGUACAUAAUUGAAAGAGAAGCCAUGAUUAAUGUAGUAUCAUGGUAACUCUAAUUAUGUGUAAUGAUUGUGAAAUGGUGUAUUUUAAUCACCUUCCCAUAAUAAUAUAUAAAAUGUCUAAUUUAUCAA